CCGUGACCCAUUUCAAAAUGAACAUCCUUCCAAAGGAAAUUCCUAUCAUUUUGUCGCAUAUCAUCAUGUCGCAUCUGCACAGAACAUUUUGCAACAUUAUGCAGGUUUGGCUCUUCCAACUCUAGCUGGACUUUCCAAGAACUUGAUAAAAAGCAGUAGUGAUGCUUUCUGUGGCACUUUUGAUGCCCGUUAUUGGAUAUGUAACAUAUAUCGCUGAGCCAGGAUCAAGUUUGUUUUCAUGGCACCCAAUAUGCAUGUCUUUUGCUUUCGGUGGUCUGAUGAUGGCCGGUGUAGAGGCCGUCUCCGUGUCCACCCGGCGGCGUCCCGGCCGGCUGACGCUCCACUGGCAGCUGCAGCUCGCCGCCGCCCUGAUCGCCGCCGUCGGCUUCACCGUCAUCUACGUCAACAAGGAGCGGCGCGGCGCGGCGCACUUCACCUCCCUGCACGGCCAGUGGGGCGCCGUGUGCCUGACGGCCACCGCCGCGCAGCUGGUCGGCGGCCUGCUGGCGCUCUACGCCGCGCGAGUGCCCAACCUGGUGGCGCCGCGCGUCACCAAGACGCUGCACGCGCUGUCGGGCUCUGUGCUGGCCGGCCUGGGCCUGUACACGGUGCGGCUGGGCCUAGACUCGGUGUGGUUCCGUAACGCGGCGGCGCUGUGGGCGCGGCCGGCCGGCGACCUGCUGCUGGGCCUGUCAGCGCUCGGCCUCAUCUACCGAGUGCUCGUCUCCAGGGGGUACGUGAAACCCAAGGUAAACUGAGCCCUAAGGAGUGGGGUUGUCAGAGGAGAGACGCUGCCUGUUACCGGGUCAGGUGGUUAGGUGUCAGCUGCUACUUGCUAGGGUGGAGGGUGGCAGUCUGGUGAAGGCCUAAUGCCGGGUUCACACCGGAUUCCGGACCGGCAAAAUUCCGUCUGCCGGGCCGGAAAAAUGGCCAAUUCCGUGCCGGAAAAUUGAAAACUGGUGUGAACCGGCAAAUCUGGCAACUUCUUUUGACCGGUCCGGCAGGCCGGAGAACCAGAUUUUCCGGUCCGGCAAAAAGUUGAAAUCAUCUCAACUUUUGCCUUGCCGGAUAGCCACCGUUUGUGAUAUGAAAUUAAGGCACGAGGGGAAUAAUGUUAUGUUUCAGCGCUACAGGACCAAUUUAACCAACGGUGCCCUAAUAGUCUCGCGAUUUUUCACGAGAAUAUAAAAUUCAAGCGUAAAUUUGACGGCGUUUCAUUUUUAUUUCAAAACAUUUGCAUCUCAAACGGAGUGGUAGCUGCAUUUCUGUUUUUGUAUUUCACAUGACUCAUGGCCUUUUCAAAUUAUAAAUUAAUUUCAUUGGUUGGAAAAUAUCCAUGACUUUAUAAUAAAAAAGAUAAAUAUUAUAAGGAAGCGGUGAAAAGGGCGAAUUUGUGGAACAACAUUGCGGACGCGCUGGUUGUAGAAGGAGCGGAGCCAGUAUCUGCAGAAGAGAUUAUCAAGCGCUGGAGCCGGCCGCAGGACAGGCAGCACAAUGUACGUAUUGCUAACUUCCGUCGUCUACGAAGUGGAGCCAGCCGAGCAGAUUCUGAAAUCUACAUUCUACAAGACGCGCUGACAACACUUCUCUGCCCUCGAUGCCCUCCUACACAAGCACAUAGCAGCUCGGGAGGGUGGAGGCAGUUUUGCCACUCAAUCGCAAGUAGAAGAUUCAGGAAAUACGAUGGUACUGAAUGCCAAGGAUAUUAUCCCGCGCCCUGCUGGGGGUGGGGGCGGGGGGGGAUAUUUGAACCCUCCCUGUGGUUUUUCGCGAACAUCUAAAAAACGGCGGCUGUUUUUGGCACACCUUAUCAUGCAUCUUUUCUGCACAUGUAAAAAUUGUAGACCAAGGUCACUUAACCCUCGCCCGCACAUGGGGGGGGGGGGGGGGGGGGGGUUGCCACCCCCCCAGGUAGUCUUUCUGCUCUGCACUCAACAUUUUUGGAGCUAGAAAGCUGAUUUUUCGUAUAGCUGCUCCUCUAUCCUUUCUUGAUGUCCACUGAAAAUUUCAAGUUUCUGUGGUUUUUGGUUUCGGAGAUAUGACCUUGUUUUUCAGGUCAUGUCAUGACCCAAAUGGCCAAUUCUCAACAUCUUGCGUUGGCUAUGGGCCUUGUGAGCUUUUAACACCUUGAUUUCGGCCUUUUAUGCCAAUCCUACCUCCCACCUAUCAUGAAACAUGUUGUUCGACGAUGUACAGAGGUCAAGGUCAGGGUCAAGGUCAACCUAGGUCAUCUAAGAUAAUUGCUUUUUAGGCAAGCUGAAUUUACUUUUUUGAACUUUUUUGACUACAUUUUUGGUAAAAGCUUCUCAGAUCAUGAUUUCAUGUAAUAUGGACACAUAAACAAUCGGUGCACACAUCAGUAUAUACACACACACACACACACACACACACACACACACACACACACACACACACACACACACACACACACACACACACACACACACACACACACACACACACACACACACAGACAUACAAACACAUAUUAUUGACCUUGACCUAACUUGACCUGAGAUGACCUCAGCAGCAAAAACCUGGUCGGGUAGUGUGACAAAGAGGUUCUAGCUGGCUUGGCACCAGAAAACGGCAUCGUCAUCGGUAUAUGACAAGCAGCGCGCUUGAUAUCCAACGGUGACCUAAAACAGCAACAUUUUUUAGUUUGACCUGACCUGGAAGGUCAAUGACUGACCUGAGAAGGUAAAACUGGGUAUCAUUGGAUUCGUCUCUUCCCAAAGAAUCUUUUUGGUCUUUACCGCUAAGCUCUAUCUCCAACAGGAACGAAAUGGCGCGGGGGGGGGGGGUGGCAACCACCCCCCCCCCCAUGUGCGUUCUAGGAUGGGAAAAUGGCAUGUGCGGGCGAGGGUUAACUGUUAAGGUCAGGUCACCAGGUCACUUCAAGUGACCUCACCUCAUACAAAGUUUCAACGUCUUCCAUAUGCUACAUCGAGCGACCGACCUCUUUGAAACUCUCAGCGAUUGAUAAGGGCAACAGUAUGUACACAAUUUAAAUAAAUAACUAUCUCGGAAUUUUGAUAUCGGUGACCUAAGGUCAGGUCAAUUUUGUGACCCCCUUCCCAUUAUAAGUCAAUGGGAGAAAAUUGAUGCCAAGUUAUGCGUUGGCUUGUUGUAAGUCGUCGACAUUCGACCUGAAAAUCGGUGAAAUUCGGCUUUCCAUUACCUCUGGUGACCUGACCUUUGAUUUGACCAAAAAAAAGUGACCGAAUUAAUUUCGUCAUUAAUUUUGACACUCUUUCGAACGCCGCCUUCCCCGUAUCGCUACGUGGCCCAGGAGCCGAGUUAAAAGGGGGGAUGUUAAACACCCCCACCAGCAAGGCGUGGAAAUUUAGGACCCCCAGCGGGGCGCGGGUUAUGGCAGUAGAGUUCAGUGACAGUCAGAUGACCGAUUUUGAGACCCAGCCAUCUACAAGUGUCUUUUUGUCGAUACCCAGCCCGCAUGCUGUAAAUGUUAAAUUGUAUUAAUCUUGCUAAUAUACCUACCAGUGAAGGAUGGACGAUUUUCGGUUGGAUGGAACUGCAUCAGGGACUUGUAAAGCCGUCACACAAGUAGGUAUGUUCGAUUUCAAAAUAAUUCGCGAGAUUGCUUGGUACCUACUUAUCGUACUUGAUGGUUGAUGAUUAUGACAUUUCCGGCUCGACUUUCCGGUUUUCCGGUUCUAGCGACUUUUUUGACAUCU